CAAUGCAUUGGAUUUGUCCUUUUAAGUAGAUUUGUCAUAGUAGUUUAAGCAUAUGAUCACCACCUGAUGAUGAUUUGUGUAAAUGAGGAUCACUACUGUGGAAUCAGCUCCCCUGGGCUGCUUGCAUUUUAAUGACAUUAGGCAUUAGCUUUAGUAUUCAUUGGAUGUUUUUGAAGAUGGACCAGGCUCAAUGAUGAACGGCACAAAGAAUCGUCAACUGGAGAGGAAAUUGAAGCGAUUAGCCAGGUCUAAGAGCAUGGUGAUGGGGGAGCUGACACGAGCCUCGAGCCGGCCAUCCUCACCUAGCCUCCAGGAGAAAGCAGUGAAGGCUGGAUGGCUAAAGAAACAGCGCAGCAUCAUGAAGAACUGGCAGCUGCGCUGGUUUGUGCUGAGAGCUGACCAACUUUACUUCUACAAAGAUGAAGAGGAAACCAAGCCACAGGGCUGCAUCCCAUUACAUGGCUGCCAGGUCAACGAGCUAAGUGCCAAUCCUGAUGAGCCUGGACGGCAUCUUUUUGAGAUAGUUCCAGGAGGUGCAGGAGAAAAGGACCGAUCUGCUCCAAGCCAUGAUGCCUUUCUGCUUAUGGCGAACUCCCAAAAUGACAUGGAGGACUGGGUCAAAGCUAUCAGACGUGUCAUCUGGGCACCCUUUGGCGGAGGUAUCUUUGGGCAGCAUCUGGAGGACACAGUGCAGAAUGAACGAAAGUUUGGGACCAGAUUGGCACCCCUGCUAGUAGAGCAGUGUGUGGAUUUCAUACGAGAGCAAGGUCUAAAAGAGGAGGGCCUCUUCCGCAUGCCAGGACAGGCAAACUUAGUCAAAGAGCUUCAGGAUGCUUUUGACUGUGGUGACAAACCUCUGUUUGACAGUAAUACUGAUGUACACACGGUGGCCUCUCUGCUGAAGCUGUACCUCAGGGAGCUGCCUGAACCCGUCAUCCCCUUCAACAAAUAUGAGGACUUCCUCACCUGUGCCCAGCUACUGCUCAAAGAUGAGGAAGUGGGCCUCGGUGAGCUGGCAAAGCAGGUGAACACCCUUCCUCAAGCUAAUUACAACCUGUUGAAGUACAUUUGCAAAUUCUUGGAUGAAGUCCAGUCUCAUGCGAAUGAAAAUAAAAUGAGUGCACAGAACCUCGCGACAGUAUUUGGACCAAAUAUCCUCAGAGCGAAGAUGGAGGAUCCGGUUUCAAUGAUGGAGGGAACUUCUCAGGUGCAGCACCUUAUGACGGUGCUGAUCAGUGAGUAUGAGAGAUUGUAUGAAGGCACGGAGGUUCACACAUCCUCACAGCAGAGUGAGAUAUCUGCUCAGGGCCAGCGCUGCAUGGCAGCUUGGGUUUCACAGGAGGAGAUACAGCAUUGUCCCACUUCUAGCCAGACCUCUUGCCUUCCUGACCACAUGUGUGGCAGUGCCACAUCGCUGGAUAUAAACAUGGGCAUACCCAACAAUGCCAAGCAGACACCUCAGGGAAAAGCAGUCAGCCCAAGCAAACAGGCCAAAUCUCUGCCCUCAUGGAAAUACUCUUUCAAAAGCAGCAGCACACGGGCUCAGCUGCCUAAGAUCGGAGGCUCAUCUGUGGAUGUAUCAAACAGCGGCAACUGGCUGAUGAAUGGCCUGUCAUCUUUGAGAAGCCAUCGGCGCACAUCUUCAGGAGAGCGUGUGGGCAAGGACUCGGCAUUAUCCCAUCGCCUUUCUACUUAUGACAACGUGACUGCCUCCAGCGUGAGCGUACCCAGUGUGACCAGUUCGCCCUGGUCCACCUCCUCCUGUGAGAUAUCAGUAGUGAAUUCAGUGAGCAGUGAGCCUUCUGUGCUAAGCUCGGACAAGUGGGUCGGGACCAGGGUGGAAGAGAAAGACAUCACGGAAAAUAAUGAAGAACUGGACUUGUGUGUGAGCAGUGCAGGAUGCAGUGAGUAUGGGAAUGUGGAUGAUAACACGGAUGAAUCAGCAGACCCUGAUGACCACUCACAAGCUCUUAAUAGCCUUAUAACUGAACUGAAGAAUGAGCUGAAGAAACAGACGUUUAAUUAUGAAGCCCGAAUAAGCAGGUUGGAAGAGAACAGCUCACUGCUGACUCAGCAGGUUGACAGGUUAGGGGAAGAAUUAGACCAAGAGAGGAAGAAAUACAGAAUGUUGGAAAUUAAACUGCGGAACUCGGAGCGAGCCCGCGAGGAUGCGGAGAACCGGAACCGGCUACUGCAGAGUGAGAUGGAGGAGUUCUUCUCCACUUUAGGAGAUCUUACAAUGGGGACAAGGACAAACAAACGGUGACACUUCACAAUAGAUGCAAUUUUAAAACCUUUACUCAUGUAUCAUGGGUAUUUUGAGGCGAUUUCAAGCUGCUUCAAUGCAGAAACUUAAUCAACUCUUAUCUGUUGGUAGAAAAUCUUUUUCCCCUGUAACUUCAGCCUGAAGUUGUAUAACAUGUUUAACUUAUUAUUUCUAUCACUGGCAUCAAUCACUUCACUUCUAAUAUGCACAGAUGAUACCAAAGCAUGAUAUUCAAUAUUGUUUGCAGUUGAUAUCAUUAUUAAUGCCUAUUCUUAUUGCUUUUCAGAAGACAAAUUAUUUCCAUGAUAGUGCCUUUUUUCUUUUUUGAUGCAUGGCAUUAAGAAAAUGCAGCUUAACCACAGACAAGGCAUUACAUCUCAUAGCUCCACAUUUUUCAAAUUAUUUUGUAAAAGAUUGUUAUUUAAAGUAUGUGACCAAAAUGUACCUACAGUAUGGUGUCCAGUCUUAAAGAAAUACCAUAUAUGUUGGCAAAUGGUUACUGGUUUAGUCAAUGACUGUUACACUCCCCACCUCAUUUAGCAAAUCCCUUUAUCUUAAAGUGAAAUGCAGUUUGCGUAAAUGGCAACGGCAUUUUUUUUUUUUUUUGCAAAUACUGAUAGCAGUCUUUACCUAAUAGUUUAUAUAUUUAUUCUUUUUUUUUUAAAAAACAAACAAUUUAACAUAAAUGAGGUUGUCAUGGUUAAAAGGUUUAUUGCUGUAUAAUUUAUUUCUCAGGUAUUCCUGAAAAAACCCACACUGAAUAAACAUACUUUUUUUUGGUAAAUGGCAAAAAUGAAUGUGAAUGACUUGUAUACUUAAAAAAUGUUAUUGUGCUUUUCCUUAAAGAAUGUGCCAAAAGUGUGGUUGUUCUGCUUUCGUAAUGUUGGUUAUUUGACAUUAAGUAUGACUGAAAGCAAAAGAAACAUAAUAAAGAUGUCAUCCCAGGCUACAAUGUCACAGACAUUACCAAAGAAUUUCACGUUGAUUAGGUUAGGAAUGUCACCUUGAAAGUAACCGUGCAAUAUACGAUAGACGUUUAAGUGAAACCUGGACUUGGUGGUGAAAUUUCUUGUAUAUGAAAGCAUAAAACUGAAUGACAUUAACAGAAGAUUUAAAGACACUUCAGACACAGCUUUUAGUUGCAGUAAAUAAGAUGCAUCUGUCUGUGGUAAAUUUACAGUAUACACAAUCAUUCACCAACACCACUUGCACAUUAUGGGAACCAGGAGUUGUUGCCACCUCACUGUCAAAAAGAGUUUUUCACGUUUGGGCCAUUACAGGAGUUCCUAGGAUACUGGCAUUUCAGCCAUGAAGCAUGCAGUCUAAUCCAAUCUCCAGCAUACUAAAAACCUUUAUACCUUAUUGAUAUCCAGUCAUGUAGUG